AAGUAAAAAAAUAAAAAAACAGAGAGAGAAAAAGAAGAGAACUUCUGAAUCGAAUGUUUUGGUUCAAUUGCGCAAAGUGCAAAACGCCAUAGCCAAAACCUUCUUCCAGCGACGGCGACAACCAAUGAUGCAGAGAUUACUCCCAAAGCUUCGCUCUUUCGCCGUUCAGUCUCGUCAAGCUCUUCAACCUCUUCCGUCCUCUCGCCGUUUCAUCCACCACUCACUGCCGCAACCACUUCACUCCGCUUCCAUUAACCCCACUCCCCGCCCUCUCUUCAGUUUCUCUUCAUUGCCUAUCUACGCGCCUCGCCCUUCUCCAUUUCCCACCUCCUUGAUUCAAGUGCGGAAUGUGUCGUCGAGGGAGAGGAAGAAGAGAAGGAAGCCAAUGACUCCGGUUAAUUCUAAGAUCAAGAAAACCAAAAUGAAAUCUUAUUCGUCUUACAAGUCUAGGUUCAGAUUAAUGAAUGAUGGGAGCUUUAGGCGAUGGAGGGAGGGAAAACGUCACAAUGCUCAUUUGAAGUCAAAGAUAUCAAAACGUAGAUUGAGAAUACCAUCUACUGUUCCUGCAGCUUAUGCCAAAGUAAUGAAGAAGCUUGGUUUUUGUGGUUAGAACAUUGUAAGUUGGUGCCAGUUACAGAAAGUAGACUGGUCAGGUUUUGUCUUUUAAAGCUGAUUAUUUGUCCACAUGUCCAUUUUAGAAUCUGCAGAACAAGCAAUUACAAGACAAUUUCUUUCUUACAUGUUUGUGUGGAAUAGUUAGAGGAGAUAAUAUUGAGGUUAUGCCCUAUUCAAAGUGGCAUGCUUUCAUGGAAAAUGUAUGCAAUAUUGGUAACAUGCAGUGGCUGAUUAAUGCUUUUUGUUGUAGCUCAUUUAAUUUUUUCGAUUAGCAGUUUGAUAAAAUAUUGGUAUCCUGACUUGCUACACUUUUAGUAAUAAUAAUGGUUUAAUUUA